AGAUUAUUUCUGAAACUCAAUUUUCUUCAAAAGUUUUGAACGAGUAAAAACUUCUCCGCCUUCUUCGACGACUGUGGGGUCGGAAGUCACGACAGGUCGCGGUUCUUCAGUUGGAUCGGAAGUAACGAAGAGACGGGAGGGAACUCGCUCGUUGCGAAGAUAAGCAGUCUCCCUUUCGCACGCUUCUUCGGCCAAAUCCCCUUAAUCCGAUGGGAUUCAUUUUCCCUCGCGCCAUGAAUGCGUUAAAUCCGCCGAACCGAAGGAUUUCGUAUAUCUGGGAAUUUUCCUUCAACGGCGGCUUACAUUUACCGUGAGUUUUCGUUUUGCAUUUUUGGCCGAUUGGCCGGAUUUAGCUCAAUUCCGCCUCAAAUCCAGCCUAAAUCCUCCAUCCAAACAGUCCCCCGUUGUUGCUUGUGGGUCCUGGGGCAUGAUUAUUGGACAGUAUCAUAAGGUGCCGCUUCUGCCGCAGUCUUCUUAUCUUCGACUUCAGUCAAAAUGCUCGGGAUCUUUCUAUUCCUUCAACUUAACUUGCUGCAUGCCUUAUCAAUCUCUAAUCUCCACAACCCAAAACCCUCCGCCGUCCAUUUACUCCAGUCUUCACACAUGCUCGUCGCCUUCCCCACUCGUGGAGAUCGGCAUACUCGACAACGCUGGAUGUAGCAUCUCCGGGAACGGCGGGAAUCGAAAUGGGAACAAGAACAACCCUAGGUCUUGGUGGUGGUGGUGGAAUGAGAACCCUUACCCGUUUCAACCGGAUGAUUUGAAGAAUCAAUGCAUCAGAGUUUCUGCAACGCUCCUUGCCUUCUUGUGGUGCGCCUAUCAUGCGCUCCCCACAGCUGUAGCCUUUGCCUCAGCUACGAUGACUCCUUGCAACGGCGCGACUGUGUGCGAGGUAAAAGGCGGCAAGUGGACGAGGCUGUCACCCGAUUCAUCGUGCGAUUCCUUUGUUGUAGAGGGCCGAGAGCGAGGCUUAAACACCUCUUUUAGCUUGCUAGGUCCAGGAGUUGGCGUUGAUAUCUUUUGGCAGCGAUGCCAAGAUCUCUUCUUUAGAUUGAUGCUGCCGGAGGGAUACCCGAACAGUGUCAGUGCUGACUAUAUCGAAUAUUCUCUCUGGCGAGCGGCCCAGGGAAUUGCCAGUCAAAUCAGCGGCGUUCUUUCAACUCAGGCUUUGCUCUAUGCUGUUGGAUUGGGAAAAGGUGCAAUUCCUUCUGCUGCUGCGGUCAAUUGGGUACUAAAGGAUGGCAUUGGGUACUUAAGCAAAAUAUUGUUAUCAAAAUAUGGUCGUCAUUUUGAUGAAAACCCUAAGGGAUGGAGGUUGUUUGCAGACCUACUAGAGAAUGUCGCCUAUGGAUUGGAGAUACUGACCCCUGCUUUUCCUCAAACAUUUGUUUUGAUUGGGGCAGUUGCAGGGGCUGCACGUUCUGCUGCUGCUUUGAUACAGGCGGCUACAAGAAGUUGCUUCUAUGCAGGUUUCGCAGUGCAUAGGAAUUUUGCAGAGGUUAUUGCAAAGGGUGAAGCCCAAGGAAUGGUAAGCAAGUUUCUUGGCAUCAUGCUUGGGAUAACCUUGGCUAACUGCAUUGGUUCUUCCACGCCAAUGGUUCUUGCUUCUUUUGCUGCUGUAACUGCAGUCCACAUGUAUUGCAAUAUUAAAUCAUAUCAGUCAAUUCAACUGAGGACGCUGAAUAUUUAUCGUGCAAGUUUGGUUUUUAGUGAAUAUCUAUGGAGUGGGCAGGUUCCUUCUAUAAAGGAGGUCAACGAUGAAGAACCGUUCUUUAUUAAUCUACCAUAUAUCAAGAUAAAUACGCAUGAAGCUUCAUCCAAGGUUUUGUCCACUGAGGCCAUAGAUGCUGCGGGUAAUAUAUGCCGCAGACUUGAGCUGGGAUCUAAGCUUAGCGAUGCUAUUAGCAGAAAGGAAGAUGCAUUUGCUCUUUUUGAUCUGUUUAGAGAUGAGCGCUAUUUACUUUUAGAAGGAAAACAAAAGUUCCGUGUAAUACUUAAAGAAGACUCUUCACCAGAAGACAUGCUCAAAUCUCUCUUCCAUGUCAACUAUCUUUACUGGCUUGAGCAAAAUGUGGGAAUAGCACCGAAAAGCAUUGCUGAUGAGUGUACUUCAGGGGGUAGGCUGCAGAUUUCCUUAGAUUAUAUACAGAGGGAGUUCAUUUACAUCAGGCGUGAUGGUUUACAAUGUGGCUGGCUUACAGAUGGGUUGAUUGCAAGGCCCUUACCAAACAGAAUACUGCCAGGUUGUGAUGCCAACUCAAUUGUGCAUUCAAGUUGAUCGUUUAUACAAAAAUUUUUUUCCUCUGCUACUGGAGGGUUGAGACAAAAGCUAGAUCAAUUUGGUAUCCGUCAUUGCUGCGCCCUCAAAAUUCUUUUCUUGAUCAUGUCCACUCAAAAACUUAGUGCAGAAUGCUAAGCAACCUUAAUGUUUCUUGUGCGGCCGAUGUCCAGAAGGUUUUCACAGGUUUUACGUGCUUUGAAAUCUGGAAUCGCCUGAAUGGCUUCUCACUUUCUUGAGAUUUCAAUCAACGAUCAUAAUUGGUAUCUGGUAGCUGACGUGUUGUGGUUAGAUUAUACUUCAUACACAUUCAUACCGUGAUUAUUAUAUUAGUAUAUUACGUGCUUAGCAUUUGAUGUGAUGUUAUCUUUCCUAAA